AUGGCAGAGGAGUUGGAGGUGUUAUGGCAAAGACUGAAAGUUACGGAGGAAGAGGAGGAAAGUAUCUUGCUGGGAGAUGAGUGUAUGAGAGCAGCAGUGGAGAGAGGGAAGAAGUGUGUGUUCAUGAAGGUGAUGUCUAGGAAAGGAUUAAUGGUAGAGGCGUUGCGGAAAAAUGUUAGGAUGCUCUGGAAACCAAAUAAGAGUAUUCAGCUCUCUGUGAUAGGUGAAGAACUAUUUUUGGUGGAGUUUGAAGAUGAAAGGGAUAAAAGACGUGUCAUGGACAUGAGACCGUGGCACUAUGAAAAACAGUUAGUGUUGUUUAAAGAGUUCGAAGGUGAUGAAAGCCCAAAGGAUAUCUUGCUGAAAUGGUCUCCGUUUUGGGUGCAAAUAUAUAAUCUUCCGCUGAAAAGCAGAACAAAGGAAACCGGAAAAGCCAUUGGAGAGAGCAUUGGGAAGUUUAUUGAAGUAGAUGUGGAAGAAACAGGGGUUCAAUGGGGGACGUGCCUAAGGGUAAGGGUCGAGAUAGACGUUACCCGGAAACUGAUCAGAGGCCGGAAAAUUAACAUGGAGAAAGGAGAAACGAGGUGGGUACACUUCAAGUACGAGCGCCUCCCGAAUUUUUGCUAUAGGUGUGGGCUUUUAGAUCAUGACUUAAAGGACUGCUUGGAAGAACCCGGGAAGGACAAAACAGGGGAGGAAAGUGAUCUCCAAUAUGGAGCUUGGUUGAGGGGAGAACCAAUUAGGAAGGGAGGAUGGGAUUUCGGUUUUGCAAAGAAGAAGGUUAUUGGCGAAAUGAAAAAUAAAGAAAAUACCAAAGCGGCGGAGCGGAAGGGUAGGGAUGAAGUGCAGGAAGGGGUGGCGCGUGAAACCCAAGAGCUGGAAGCUAUAAGCCUCGGCGAUAGUAGGCAGGAGAGGCAUGGUGAUUUGAUGGGUGGGGGUGAAGUGACUACUGUGAAAAAGGGGGAGAAUGGGUUGGCAGAGAGCAUUGGGAGAAGCCACUCAGGAGAGCUAGUGGAGGUAGGGGAGGAAAACAGGGAGGUUGGGAAUGGGAAUGGCGGGAAAGAAGCUUGCCAGAAAGGAAGGGCUGAAAAUUUAAACAAACCUAUUCCAAAUUUCGAAUUUGGGCUGGGCAAUGAGACGGUGAAGACAGACAACGUGGUGGGCUUGGGCUUGGGACCAGAUAAGAAUAAGGAUGGCCCGAUGGCCAUGCAGUAUGAUCCUGAGGAGGGGUGGGUAGCAAACAAGUUGGGCCCGUCUAGUGGGCACUGGAAAAGAAUAAUAAGAGCUGGGCCGGAUGCAGAAAUGAAGGAAUCUGUGAGCCCAGUGCAGAGGAAAAGGGAUGGAGACUUAACCCUCAGAGAGAUAGACCAAAACGUUAAAGCUUCCAAACGUAGAAAGAGUGAGGGGUUGAGCAAGGAAGACCCAGGGGAUGAGAGUACCAUGGAUGGCGGAGUGGCGGUGGCUGCAAGGCAGCACCGCCGAGCCAAAUGA